UUCCGGAUGCAAGAUGGUUGGGUUGUUGGAGUUAUUUUGCAUUCUGCUGGUGUUAGCAUUUGUGCUAUUGGUUUUGGGAUUAAUUAUUAUUUACAUAACAACAGACUCCAUGCCAAAUUUAAAAAGAUAUGAUAGUGAAAAAUAUUUUAAAGAUCCCAACCGUGGAGGAUCAAAGAAAGAAUUCCCAAGUAUACAAGACAAGGCAACAAAGAAUCUCUCUGUGAUAGUGCCCUCGUACAAUGAGGAAGAGAGAUUGCCUACAAUGUUGGAUGAAACGCUGGCAUUCCUGGAGGAGAGAUUGAAAAAGGAAUCUUCUCUGACCUUUGAAAUAAUAGUCGUAGAUGAUGGGAGUAGAGAUAAAACAUCAAAGGUUGCUUUAGACUAUUCAAAAAAAUAUGGCAUUGAUAAAGUGAGAGUGUUGACACUAGCAAAGAACCGUGGUAAAGGUGGUGCAGUCAGGUUAGGUGUAUUAAGUGCAAGAGGAGAAUACAUUCUAUUUGCUGAUGCUGAUGGUGCUACUAAUUUUCCUGAUAUUGUGAAAUUAGAAAGUGCAAUAAAACAAAUUAAUAACAAGCAUAAUAUGAAGAUAGUUUGUGGAUCAAGAGCUCACCUCCAAGAGGAAGCUGUUGCUAAGCGUUCUGUUUUCCGUACCAUUUUAAUGUAUGGCUUCCACUUUGCUGUUAUGAUACUGUGUCAAGUUAAAGGUGUCAAGGACACUCAGUGUGGUUUCAAAUUAUUCAGCCGUGAAGCGGCAUUUCGAACAUUUUACAACCUUCAUGUUGAGAGAUGGGCGUUUGAUGUUGAGCUUUUAUACAUAGCAGAACAGUUGGGCAUUUCUCCCGUAGAGGUGGCAGUUAAUUGGACAGAAAUUGACGGUUCCAAGAUGAUUCCCGUCUGGAGUUGGAUUCAAAUGGGUAAAGAUCUACUUCUCAUACGACUACGCUAUUUAAUUGGUGUCUGGAAAAUUGAUAGAACGAUUAAAUCAUAGUAAUUAAAUAUAGAUAAAUAUCUUUUAUUUUCUUAUAAAUUCCGACCAUUUGUGGAAGAUACUGUGACACUAAACUGAAAUAUCAACAUAAGGAAAACUCCAGUUAUAUUUUUUUUUCAGUUUUGUUAUUUUUAAUAAAACUAUGCAUUUUUGUUUGCAUUAUAUGUUAUAAAUGAUACACAGUAUGUGAUUGGUUAAGAGUCAUGUGAUGUGGUUCCUGGCAAAUCUGCAAUGCAUUGUGGGAGAUAUUAUCAACCGCAUGUUGUUAUAUCAGCAAUUGAUUCAUGUAAAUGAAUGCAUUUCUAAAUAAAGCAAUACCAAUUCAUUACUUUCUAUAUUUUCUUCAACAUCAGUGUUGUUUUCUUUUCUUGUGACUUUUUUGAAGUUUCCAAAAUCUAUAAAUAAUUACAAUCACCAUUAUCAUUUUUUUUAUCCUGCAUUUUUCUUUGAAUAUGUGAAAUGAGAAAUAUUGUUGAUUUACCUUUUCACCACCAGUACCCUCUUUCAUCACAAAUUCACAAAAUUGACAUGUUUUGUUGUCUGCACUUUCCUUCAGAAAAUUGGUACAAAAUGAGCCAAAUUUUGUGUGUAAAAACUGAAAAUUUACUCAAAUUUUGUGUGUUGGCUCCAAAAUUAGGGUUCAUUUCCAGAGAUAUUAAAGAAUAUAAGAAAAGAGUGCAGACAAAUUUGGGCGAGAAAAUCUGGUAAGGUUUUGUCAAUAUUCUGCAUCCCACAAAUAACAGAUUACAUGUAUAUAAAUUUAUUAAUUAAUAAAGUAUAAUAAAAAAAAUGUGCUUCCAU